UCAAUUUUCACGACCACAUUGCAAAAUUGUGCCACAAACCCCUAAGCUAAUUGUAACUACUAUUUCUUCCGGAGAAAAUGGGGAAGACUGACCAUAUGUGAAAAAGGGUUCUUUUUACAUCAUCAAAUAUUUUGAAUCUUUCUUUAAAUCUUGUUCAAGAUACCAGAAAUUGAGAAAAUAACGAAGGAUCUUUUGGGAUUUGAUUUACUUUUUAUGAAAUUCUAUUGAUCUCAUUUCCUUCUUUAUGAGAACUCUGGAACAACCCUUUAGCAUUUUGCCCAUAAACCCUAAUUACCGAAACAAGGCUUGAUUCUUGGACAUUACACUGUUGUUUUGUUUUCUGGACAUAGAAAAGUGAACUAGACCCGUUUUUUGAAGUGGGUUAUCCAUGGACAAAUCAAGAUCUAAACGACACUCUGACACUGAACCCUUUUCUUGGGCAAGACCCAGAUUCAACUAUUCCUCUGAUCCAUAACGAAACAAUUACCCUAUCAUUCAACAUCGAGGCGAUGAGGGUUGGUCCGGGUCUAUAUCCAACAGUGGUGACUAUACUCUGCCAAGAUGCGAAGAUAGGAAGAGUAAUGGGAAAAUCAGGAAGUAUAAUAAACACAAUUACACAGCAUACUGGAGCUUGGAUUGAAAUUUAUAAUCUAAUCCCUGGAGAUAAGGAGAGGAUUAAUGAGGUUUCGGAUACGAUUAGGAGAGACCCGGAUGGGCGGAUGCCGAAAUUUUCGGCAGCGCAAAAUGCGUUGAUUUGGAUCCAUCACAGAAUUCUUGAGAUUGAAGGGUAUAUGGAUGGAGGUGGAAAUAAUAACUAUAAGAGGGUAGUUACUAAGUUAGUUGUAUCAAAAUUGCAUGUUGGGAGUUUGAUGGGUUGAGACAAUCACUCGGAUUAGGAUUCUUCCUGGUGAUCAUACGUUGCCUCGUUGUGUUUCGAUGGCAGAGGAGAUUGUUCAAGAUUUAGUCUUACUUCUUCUAGAUUUUAUUAUUUGCUACAGUUCCUCUAGCAAUUACUAUUCAUCAACUGAUUUUAUUUAGUAUUAUAAUCUCUAUGUAUAAUGUAAAACACAGUCAAACGAGAUUUUAUUUGAUUCGUUUUAGUGUGUAUUUUUAUAAUAUUAACUUUUUAUAAUUUUUCAUCAUAUAAAAUUAAGGAUAAUGUGAAAAACAGAUACGCAGAAAUCAAAUGAAAUAUAUCAUAUCCACUUUCUUAUGUUGUUUUAACUACAUUAAAGUGACUGAGAUAACAUUUCAUGUAUUUGAACCUUCAUGAGAUGAAUAGUGAUGUACAUCAUUGUUGGACCUAUGUAAUUAGGAUUAUUUUCCGAUGUUUAUGGCCUAUGCAAAGUGGGAUGAACAUUGA